AUGGAACACGACACUCGUGCAAAUCUGAGAAACCAGGUCGCAUGGGCACAUGGGACAAAAGACAUGCCCAGAGCCAAGAAGUGCACGGUGAUCGGCGGCUCUGGGUUCCUUGGGCAGUACAUGGUGGAGCACUUACUGGCAAAAGGCUACCAGGUCAACGUCUUUGAUAUCCGCCAAGGCUUCAACAAUCCCCAGGUGCAGUUCUUCCUGGGCGAUCUCUGCAACCAGCAGGAUCUGUACCCAGCUCUGAAAGGUGUGAGCACGGUUUUCCACUGCGCAUCACCCCCACCAUCCAGCGACAACAAGGAACUCUUUUAUAGAGUGAAUUACCUUGGCACCAAGAAUGUCAUUGAAACCUGCAAACAGGCUGGGGUUCAGAAACUCAUUUUAACCAGCAGUGCCAGUGUCGUCUUUGAGGGUGUCGACAUCAAGAAUGGAACUGAGGACCUGCCUUACGCCCUGAAACCCAUUGACUACUACACGGAGACCAAAAUCUUACAGGAACAAGUAGUCCUAGGUGCCAAUGAUCCUGAGAAGAAUUUCUUAACUGCAGCCAUUCGCCCUCAUGGCAUUUUUGGCCCCAGGGACCCCCUGAUGCUCCCCAUCCUCGUUGAGGCCGCCAGGAAAGGCAAGAUGAAGUUUAUGAUUGGAAAUGGGCAGAACUUGGUAGACUUCACCUUCGUGGAGAACGUGGUCCAUGGCCACAUCCUGGCAGCAGAGAAGCUCUCUAAAGACUCAGCUGUGUGUGGGAAGGUCUUUCACAUCACCAACGAUGAUCCUGUCCCUUUCUGGAAGUUUCUGUCCCAGAUCCUGACAGGCCUCAACUAUGAGGCCCCAAAGUACCACGUCCCCUACUGGCUGGCCUACUACCUGGCCCUGCUGCUGGCCCUGCUGGUGAUGGUGCUCCGUCCGGUGCUCGAGCUGCAGCCCACCUUCACACCCAUGCGGAUUGCACUGGCCGGCACGUGCCACUACUAUAGCUGUGAGAGAGCCAAGAGGAUCCUGGGUUACCGGCCUCUGGUCCCCUUGGACAAGGCCUUGGAUAGAACCCUGCAGAGCUUUCGCCAUCUGCAGAAGGUCAACUGA